AACAAAAAAAGAAAUCAAAUCGUAGCGAACUUCUUGAUCCAAAAUAAAAGAAAAACAAAUCUUAGCGAUCUUUGUUUGACUGCGAGCGAAUGGGCAGUGGGGGCGGCAGUGUCUGCUCUUCUCUCUCUUACUCUUCUUCUUCCACUUGCUUUGCUUCUCUUUUCUCUAUUUGUUCUCCUUCAUCUUCUUCGCUGAAACUCAAUCCAAGACGCUUCCUUUUCCAUAACCCUACAAAUCUGAGAAAGCAGGCACCUUUGAGGUGUGGGAGAUCCCCGGAGAUGGAAUCAAAGAAACCCAUUUUCGAUGUGGAAACGUUUGAUGAUGACUUUGUUCAGAAACUGGUUUAUGAUGCUCUCGUUUGGUCUUCUCUUCACGGACUCGUCGUCGGUGACAAAACUUACCAGAAAUCAGGAAAUGUUCCAGGGGUUGGAUUGAUGCACGCACCGAUUUCAUUGCUACCAACUGCAUUCCCUGAAAUUUAUUGGAAGCAAGCUUGUGAUGUUACUCCUAUUUUCAAUGAAUUGAUUGAUCGUGUUAGCUUGGAUGGGAAGUUCUUACAGGAUAGUCUCUCUAGAACGAAAAAAGCUGACGUCUUUACAUCUAGACUUCUCGACAUUCACUCCAAGAUGCUUGAAAGAAACAAGAAAGAGGACAUUCGUCUGGGUUUGCAUCGGUUGGAUUAUAUGCUUGACGAAGAAACAAAUUCACUUCUUCAGAUUGAGAUGAACACUAUCUCUAGUUCGUUUCCAGGCCUUAGUCGUCUUGUUAGCCAGCUACACCAGUCAUUGCUUCGAUCUUAUGGGGAUCAGAUUGGCAUAGACUCUGAACGUGUACCUAGAAAUACAUCCACAAUCCAAUUUGCUGAUGCAAUAGCUAAAGCUUGGUUGGAGUACAAUAACCCAAGAGCGGUUGUCAUGGUAACUGUACAGCCAGAAGAACGCAACAUGUACGAUCAACAUUUGCUGAGCAGUAUAUUGAGAGAAAAGCACAAUAUAGUAGCCAUCAGGAAGACUCUAGCAGAAGUCGAAACUGAAGGGAGUGUACAAGAGGAUGGAACCCUUAUUGUUGGCGGCCAAGCAGUCGCAGUUGUUUAUUUCAGAUCUGGCUAUACUCCCAAUGAUCAUCCGUCUGAAUCAGAAUGGAAUGCUAGGCUGCUUAUUGAGGAGUCUUCAGCGGUCAAAUGCCCGAGUAUAGCUUACCAUUUAACUGGCAGCAAGAAAAUCCAGCAAGAACUGGCAAAACCAGGUGUUCUCGAGAGGUUUCUGGACAACAAAGAGGACAUUGCUAAGCUGAGGAAAUGCUUUGCGGGGCUUUGGAGCUUGGAUGACCCAGAAAUCGUCAAGCAGGCAAUCGAAAAACCCGGACUGUUUGUUAUGAAGCCUCAGAGAGAAGGCGGAGGAAACAACAUCUAUGGAGAUGAUGUGAGGGAAAAUCUUUUGAGACUGCAGAAAGAAGGAGAGGACGGAAACGCUGCGUAUAUCCUGAUGCAGAGGAUAUUCCCAAAGGUCUCAAACAUGUUCUUGGUGCGAGAAGGCGUUUACCAUAAAAAUCAAGUUAUAUCAGAACUCGGUGUCUAUGGUGCUUACCUCAGGAACAAAGACAACGUUAUAGUUAACGAGCAGAGUGGUUAUCUAAUGCGCACAAAGAUCGAGUCAUCAGAUGAAGGCGGCGUUGCCGCUGGUUUUGCAGUAUUGGACAGCAUUUAUCUGAAUUGAGAUGGAUCACAUUCACAACCAUCCUGAUCAAUUUUUCUGCUGGUUCGUUCCUUCUUGUUCUUCUUCUUGCUUGUUAAAGAUUUGUGUAUUAAUUCAUGAAGGUCAAUAAGACUCUAGGCAAAGCUCUUACAAUUCUUUCCAUAGGACCGCAAAGCAUAUAUUGCUUAUCGUUAUUUUAGACCGUGUGAGACGAUCAGUCGUUUAAGAUCAUGAAUGGAAUAAGAGAUCAAUCAUGGAA